GCAAAGCGUGUCUCCGAGUUGUUGGCGCAAUCCAUCCCACCCCAACGCAGCUCAUUGGUGAUGCGCGUUCCACCCGUUCCUCCACCGGACCCAUCCCAGCCUUCCGAGUUGGAGAGCCGGCGGAGCCGGCUGCCCAGGAGUCUCUGGCUCCCCGCCUUCUUGGCUGGUCUGUUCAGCUGCGUGUACAACUUCGCCUACGUGACAGAGUUUGUCCUCUUCGCCGUCUACUUCAAGGAACAGCACAAUUGGCACUCCGCGACAUGGGCAGGAGUGGCGCAAUCUUCAGGCGACAUCUUGGCGGCAGUGGUCCUGCAGUUUAUUGCUCGCUUCGCACCGCCGUCACCUGAGAAGGAGCAGGCAGGCUUCGAUGCUGGCGGCGCCACUAGCGCGUGUUACUCCAUAUCGGCAAAGCCAUACAACUUGGUUUGGUUCUGCCUUUGGUGGGUAGUUCUUUGCCUGGGCAUGACUGUCCCGAACUUGCCUGUGGUGAUCGUAUCCCAAUUUGUUAUGGGAACCCUCUAUGUCACCUGCAUCCAGGGCGCCACGAAGCUCAACACUUACUACUCCUUAGGGGAUGCUAAUGUCUUCAUAAGCCUUCAGCUGAUCAAGCUCAACGCAGAAGCUGUGGGAAUGUCCGUCGCCACCCUCACGGCGAUGGUGCUUUAUGACCAG